UUUUUUCCGAUAACUCUGGUAUUUGGCCGGGGUUCGAAGUCUUUUUAUACUUGUCUCAUACUACUUAAAGAAAGAGAGGAGAACAAAACGAAUGAGCAUCACACAUCAUGAAGAGCCCUGUCGACCAUAGUAUCCCCAAGCCAGCCAUACCGGAGUGGAUAACCGAGACGACCAAUGGUGGAACCGCCCGUCAAGUCGAUCUCUAUACAGGAAUCAAUGGAUGGGCUUCCCCUCCAGGAGACGGCUUCUCUGUCCGCUCCGCUGACUACUUCACCAACAAACAGAAAUGUCCCGGAGGAGACUACCUCCUCUCUCUCGCUGGCGUUGACUGGCUCAAAUCCAGUACCAAACUCGGUAACAUCCUAGCUCGCCCCGACAACCGCGUGGCUCACGCGCUCAGAAAAGCACAGUCUCUUGGCCGGUCCCAAAACGGCUUCAUCUUCGCUGUGAAUUUUCAUAUUCCAGUCAAGGAACACCACCACUCGGUGCACUACUUCGUGACGGAAGAACCCAUUCCAUCAGACUCUCUCCUGAAACGGUUCAUAGACGGAGACGACUCGUUCCGUAACGAGAGGUUCAAGAUAGUGAGCCAAGUCGUGAAAGGACCCUGGAUAGUUAAAGCGGCGGCAGGGCAGUUCGGCGCGUUCCUUGCGGCUAAGACAGUGAGGUGUAGUUACCAUAAAGGACCAAACUACUUUGAGAUCGACGUCGAUACAGGUAGCUGGCCAAUCUUGGCGGCGCUUGUACGGCUUUUGUUCGAGUACUCCAGGUACCUUACGGUCGACAUUGGCUACGUUGUUGAGGCGCAAGAAGAGGAUGAGCUGCCGGAGAGACUGAUCGGAGGUAUUAGAUUGUGUCAUAUGGAGGUAUCGUCGGCGUUUGUGGUCGAACCGGAGCCACUGAAACCGUACAGAAUGAUGGGCACUGGAAGCAAAGCCACCACGACGACAUUAGUAAUAACUGGUUAUGAAUAAACAUGAAAUAUAUAAAAUCAAUCAUUUCAAGUAUAAUAUUAAACCAAUUAAUGUCUACUAUUUUUGUUUUCUAAAGAAAGAUCGUUAUGUGUAACAGUGUAAGGCUGUAAGCAAAUCGUAUAUUUAAAUUUAGCUGAAGAUAUACUUAUAUUUAA